UUCAUGGCGCUUUCUGUUAUUUCAGACUUUGCCGAAGCUGUUGGAGGACGACCUGUGCCGUACGCAGCAGUGUUGCGGAUGAAACCAGACAGCUCCUCGUCGUGGCUCGGCUCACGGAGCAGACCCCGACAAGACCGUGGCGGCGGUCUGGCAACACCUGACUGGCCGCCGUUCUACAGUCAUCACCUGUCAGCUGCGAGUCCGCUGGGCUCUCAGGAGGACUACAGGAGUGAAGAGAAUGAGGAGUUUGGGCCGGUUUUCAUCCAGGAGCCAGAUGAUGCCAUAUUUGCUUUGGAUUCAGAGAAGAGGGUGAUGAUGAACUGCGAGGCACGCGGGAAUCCCCAUCCCACAUACAGUUGGUUCAUCAACGGGACACAGGUGGACGUUGGGGCAGAUUACAGAUACAACCUCAUUGGUGGAAACUUAAUCAUAACCAACGCGAGUGAGAUCGCUGACUUUGGCAGUUACCAGUGCACGGCAGAGAACAGCUUCGGAACCAUCUUAAGUCGGGAUGCCCUGCUGCAGUUUGCAUAUCUGGAAGCGUUCAGCGGGAAGACCAGAGGAGGCGUGUCUGUUCGUGAAGGACAGGGUGUGGUGCUCAUGUGCACACCUCCCCCGCAUUCACUGGAGAUUAUCUACAGUUGGGUCUUUAACGAGUUCCCCUCGUUUGUGGCUGAGGACAGCCGGCGUUUCAUCUCCCAAGAAACGGGGAACCUUUACAUCUCCAAGGUUCAGCCCUCUGACGUGGGCAGCUACAUCUGCCUGGUGAAGAACACGGUGACCAACACCAGGGUCCUGAGCCCGCCAACCCCCCUGACACUGAAAACAGAUGGUGUCAUGGGUGAAUAUGAGCCCAAAAUUGAAGUGCAUUUCCUCCCAUCUGUUCUGGCUGCCAGAGGAGUCACCAUGCGGCUGGAGUGCUUCGCCUUGGGGAAUCCAGUCCCGACUAUCACAUGGAGGAGGAUUAAUGGCAACAUUCCCAAAAAAGCAAGACUCCGGAAGUCGCAGGCCAUACUGGAGAUUCCCAACGUUCAAUUAGAGGACUCUGGAACAUAUGAGUGCAAAGCUGAGAAUCCAAGAGGGGCCACCUCUUUCAAAGGCCAUCUGCAGGUCUACACGAUCCCACAAUGGAUCAAAAUGAUUAACGACACUCAGCUGGAUAGCGGAGAGAUGCUCCGAUGGGAGUGCAAGGCUACUGGGAGGCCCAGACCCACCUAUCGCUGGCUUCUCAACGGCUCGCCCUUGACAUUCGAGGGCAGAACGGAGAUUAUUAAUGGAGAGCUGACCAUUCACAAGGUGCAGCAGACGGAUUCAGGAAUGUACCAGUGUGUUGCGGAAAACAAAUAUGGAGCCAUCUACUCCAACGCCGAACUCAAGAUUUUAGCCUCAGCUCCUGUCUUCAUCCCAAACCCUGUACGGGUCAUAGCUACCCUUGGAAAAGAUAUAUCAUUGGAGUGCAAGCCUAGAGCAUCACCCAAGCCCUGGAUAACAUGGAAGAGAGGUGACAGAAGGAUAAACCCCAGUAAAAGGAUUAUGUUGUUACGGAACAGCACCCUGAGAAUAGUAAACUCCAGCCGGGCAGAUGAGGGCAACUAUGUGUGCCGGGCAGAGAAUCAGUUUGGCUCAGCGGAGAUGACGGCCAUGCUGUGGGUAAAAGAGGCCAUGCGUGUGGAGCUUAGCCCCAGCCGAGUGGAGGUGACCGUGGGGGAGAGCGUGGUCCUGAGCUGCAAAGCGACUCACGACACGUCACUGGAUGUGGCUUUCCAGUGGCUCUUCAACCAGAGGCCCAUCAACUUCCAGCAGGAUGGUGGCCACUUUGAAUACAUCCAAACACAGUCCUCGACAGUAGAUCUGAUGAUCAGGAGCAUCCUGCUGAAGCAUGCUGGGAAGUAUGGGUGCCGGGCGCAGACCAGCGCUGACACCGUGUUUGCAGAAGCAGAACUUCUUGUCAGAGGUCCCCCUGGACCCCCUGGAGUGGUGAUAGUGGAGGAGAUCACAGAUACCACAGCCACUCUCUCCUGGACCCGUGGGCUGGACAACCACAGCCCUAUCAGCACCUAUAAUUUACAGGCCCGGAGCCCAUUUUCAUUAGGCUGGCAGACGGUUAGAACAGACCCAGACCCAGUUACAGGGGACAUGGAGUCAGCCAUGGCAGUGGAGUUAAAUCCCUGGGUGGAAUAUGAGUUCAGAGUGGUUGCAAGCAAUGCAAUCGGGACUGGAGACCCCAGCGCACCCUCAAGGGGAGUCAGGACUAAAGAAGCAGUGCCGUCAGUGGCUCCAGCGAAUGUUAGCGGUGGGAACGGCCGCAGGCAUGAAUUGGUCAUCUCAUGGGAGCCUGUGUCUGAAGAGUUCCAAAACGGCGAGGGUUUCGGGUAUAUUGUGGCUUUUCGUGCCAACGGCACACGAGGCUGGAAAGAGAAGAUGGUGACCUCAGCAGAUUCCACAACGUACAAGUACAGGGAUGAGACCUUCCCUCCCCUCACCCCCUUUGAAGUGAAGGUUGGAGUGUACAACAAUAAAGGAGAUGGGCCCUUUAGCAAAGUCGUCAUCGUCUUCUCGGCUGAAGGGGAGCCAAGGGAGCCACCAUCUGAUGUGAAGGCUGCCAGUGUUUCCUCAUCAGAAAUUAGGGUCACUUGGAAACCACCCAACCCUGGCCCUGGAAGACCAAGAGGAUAUGAGGUCAGCUACUGGAAAGACACGGAGGUGGAAGAGUCGGGGAAGAAACGAACCACUGUGAAGAACGAAACAUCUGUGGUCCUGGCAGGACUAGAGGGCAACAGUCUGUAUCUCAUCACAGUAAAAGGCUUCAACAGCAUUGGCCAGGGCCCUGCCAGCGCCGCUAUCACAGCCAAGACCAGGAAAGCCCCUCCCGCCCAGCCUCCGAGUAACCUCAUGUGGAUCCAGGAGGGCAACAAUGUGUCUUUAAGCUGGGAUCCAGUCAAGGCAAAACACAAUGAGUCCGACGUCAUCGGGUACCUGGUUUUUCUGCGUCAGGAAGGCAGAGGGCACAACCAGGUGACCAGAACCAUCAACCCCUCCACCUUGCUCUCUCUGCCCGAGGGAGGUACCUAUAUUAUUGAGGUGCGCGCAGUCAGCGAAGGGGGAGAGGGGGCAGUCAGCUCCCAAAUCCGAGUUGUAACUUCCUCCGGUGUUCGAGCAAAAAGCAGCCAGUGUUCGGUACACCGCCUGCCGCCAAAUCUGUCAUGGACACUCCUGCUCCCAGCUGUUCUGGUGCCUUCAGUUUCCUGGUGACGCCUCUGUGCCGUCCUCGUCUCCACCGUAGGAGCCAGCGGUCCUCUGUUCCCUCAUCCCUUCAGACUGUCUCGCUUGCUUCGGCCUCACCCCCAUCCCCAAAGUACCCGAGGUCUGCCGAGUGGUGCAGCUGGGGGAGGAGAGGAGGAGAAGGAGGUGGGGGGAGGGGGUCACAUCUGCCCCGACAACAGACAGUUUCCGAUAUUCAUUUCUUCCAUUUCUACAUUUUUUUCAGGGGCAGGGAGGGCUAGGCGAUUUUCAUUUGGUGCCGUUCUUUCCAGCAUCACUGUAGUGUUGUACUGUAGUGUACAUUGUGUGGAAAGGUUUGUUUAACAGUUUACUUUUAACGUUUGUUGAGGUUUCCCCCCAUUGACUGGCAUCUAACUACUUCCAGACGGCUCCUGCGGCUCCGGGGCUCUGCGGAGCGUGAACAGUUCCUGGAAAGCUGCGGUGGUGGUAAUACAGGGAUCAGCCGGGCUGCUUCUUUUCAUUACUUAUCUGCAUCAGUUUACCCCCCGGCUGCCUAACAAGUAAUGCAGCAGAAGCUCGACAGAGAUAAGUGCAUUGUUUUCUUAUUCACACAUUAAGGGU